GUCUUUGUGUACUUCUGGCCUCCGCACAACGGGAACCCGCACGACCUGCUGGACAUCAGGCAGAUGAGGGACCGCAGCAGCCGCCCCGUUGUCAAGAAAAUUAAACCAGGCAUCUCCAUGGCAGCAGCAGCGGCCCCCGAGCAAGCUACGCCCUACCUGCGGCCUUUUCUUCAGUUUCCGGCCGGACACGUGAAGCACAAGGAGACUCCACUUUACAUCCUGUGCACGGCAGGCAUGCGGCUGCUGCCUGAGGGGCAGCAAGCUGCAAUCCUGGAGGACUUGGUGAGAAAUGUGCCCCAGGAGUUUGAUUUCCUCUUCUCCAAAUCACAUGCAGAAGUGAUCUCAGGGAAACAGGAAGGUGUCUAUGCUUGGAUCGGCAUCAACUUUGUCCUGGGCCGGUUUGAUCACGAGGACGAGGAGGAUGCGGUGGUCACUGUAGCACUGGGGGACAAGGGAGAGUCCCUGGUUCGGAAACGAACAGUUGGGAUCCUAGACAUGGGGGGUGCCUCCCUGCAGAUUGCCUACGAAGUGCCUGACUCCGGAGCCUUCUCCUCCCCACAGCAGGAGGAGGCUGCUAAGAGCUUGCUGGCGGAAUUCAACCUGGGCUGUGACGUGCAGCACACCGGCCACGUGUAUCGUGUCUACGUCAACACCUUCCUGGGCUUUGGGGGCAAUUUUGCCCGGCAGCGCUACGAGGAUUUUGUGCUGAACCAGACCUAUGUUCACAACCGCCUGCAAGGCCAGCAGAUAGGGUUGAGCCCCGAGAUGCCCUUCUUGGACCCCUGCCUGCCUGUGGGGCUGGAGGACACGGUGGUGAGAGGCGGCCAAACCCUGUUUGUGCGGGGACGAGGGGACUGGCCGGCCUGUGCGGAGCUGCUGCAGCCCCUCCUGGCUGGGCCCAACAGCAGCCAGGCCUCCCUAGUGGGGGCCUACAAAGCACCCAUUGACUUUGGCAACAGCGAGUUUUAUGGCUUCUCUGAGUUCUUCUACUGCACUGAGGAUGUGCUGCGCCUGGGGGGCCACUUUUUUUCUGCUGCCCAGGAAUACUGCAGCCAGCGAUGGGAGGUGCUGACCCAGCGCUUCCGUGGUGGCCUCUACUCGGCUCACGCUGACCAGCACCGGCUGAAGUAUCAGUGCUUCAAAUCAGCAUGGAUGUACCAAGUUCUUCACCAGGGCUUCAGCUUCCCCCUGGAUUACCCGAGCCUGCGCACGGCCCAGCUGGUGUACGACCGGGAGGUGCAGUGGACGCUGGGAGCCAGCCUCUACAAGACACGGUUUCUGCCACUCAGGGAUCUCCGUCAGGAGAGCAUCCGGCAAACACACGCCUCCUGGUUGCGCCUCUCUUUUGUCUACAACCACUAUCUCUUCUUCGCCUGCAUCCUGGUCGUGGCACUGGCCAUAGUCCUCUACCUCCUGUGGCUGCGCCGCAUCCACCACCGGCAGCUGCGCUUGGCCCAGCUCAACCUGCUCUGGCUGGACAAGGUGGUGGUGCCACUGGGCCAGGGAAAUGGGCCAUGA